GUUUUAAAAUUAAAUUCAACUUCAAACUUUAGAAUAUUAUUUUUGAAAAUGCUUGAAGCGUUUUCGAAGCUGGGUAGUGAUGAUUUGACAACGUCUCGGAGUGCGGGGUCCGACAUCUUUGCACAUGUUGCAGUGAAGGGGUCCGAGCUUGACUACGCCGUGUCAAGGCUCGUCCGAGGUCUGGAGUCAAGUAAGGUGUCGACACGAACCGCAAGUUACUCUACUCUUGUGGCGUUUCUAGGAUUGAAACAGCUUAAAGUUUCACAGCUUCGAGAAAUUGUUGGAAAAACGCUACAAACUGAUCAAAGCACGUCUACAAAGGAAAGAAGGCAUAUUUAUAUUGCUCGAAUUUUGGCAUGUGGCGCAAUUAUCAGAGUUGUCCCACUCGUUCAUCUGCUUCAGGACGAAGUAGUCUUCAAAAGUAUUCUCGGCGAUUUGGUCGACUUGGGGAAGAAACGUUCCACUCUGCUCGAUCUAGCGACGCCAUUCAUCAUCCAUAUCCUAAAUGACAAGAAACUGACGCAGUCCAUAUUUGAGGAUGUCAUUUGGCCAGUGUUGGUCCCCCUCUUUGCCAACUUGGAGGUGAAAACUGAGAAGGAGAAUGAUGACCAGGAAGGUGAAGAUAUGCCAAACGGGGAAGAAGCAGUGGUUAAACAAGAAUCUGUUGAGAAAGAUGCCAGGGCUGCCAUUCUUCUGACGGCGUUAACCUGUUACGACAAGGGCUUGAAGACUGAUUUCGACUUUUUAAACGACUUGGACCGCGUUGUUAAGAUUUUGUUGGCCCAUCGAAUCGCCAAUAUGCCACAAAUAGUAGAAUUGAUCAUAAAAUAUGUCAAGAAACAAGACCUUGCUAAAGAGUUUUGGACUUCGUUAAUGUCUCAGAUGCGUUCUUCCCACUUUGAGACGGUCUGUGUCUGUGUGCAAAAGUCUGUCGAAGCAGGCAUUCGUCAGAGUCUGAUUGUCUCCACGGAAUUGGUCAUCCCUCUUCUCGGCGUAUUUCGAAAUGACGAAGCCUCUGAUCAACAUGCCCAAGCAGUCAAGACUCUCAGUGCUCUUUUGAAAUGGAGUACCAAGGAUGGCGAGAAAAUGGGAAAGAAGGAAAGAAAAUCCGUCAUCAAGUCCUUAUUUGGAGGUUCUCCCAAUCUACUCCACGAAUAUCAAAAACUUCUUCGAAUAAUGACACCGUUUUUGGGAGAGCUUUGUACCGAAAAAGAUUUGACGGUUUUGGGAUCUGUACUUAGCAAGCAUCUUGACUCUGAAACAAGCCUUAGUGUUCGAAUGUGUAUCGUCUAUAUCCAGUUUUUAUCGAGAAUUGCACAAUCUAAAAAAGCCAGCCCUGAAUUGAAGCUAUCUAUUGGAAAGAGGCUUUUUUCUAUCGCAUUUGGAAAACAAAUCCCAAACUUAACAAAGGCAUCAGAGAAUAGUAAUAAGGCUGACAAUGGCGAUGAUAAUAGUGAAAAAGAAGAUGGUGAUGAUGAAGACGAGGAAAAAGAAGACAUUGUAUCCCAAAAGAACGAUACUAAAGAAGCUGUCCAACAUGUAUCAAAGUCUUGCAUGGAAGCGUUCAAAUCUCUGAUUGGAUCUUCAUAUAAUCCACAAUUUUUAGAGGAGAUGAUACAGCUCGUAAGUGAAGAUUUAGAUCAUUACUGCAAGGAAAAGGAGACAAAAAAAUUGUUCAAAAAAGCAGAAAAGCAAAGGGAUAAGACGACGGAUAUCUAUUUAAAAUAUAUUUUGGGGUCAUACGCCAUAAUAUUGAUUCUCGAACAGGACAAGGUGCUAGGGGAAGCUCAAACUUAUCUUGAGGAAUUGUUAGAAAUUUCUAAAUCUAGCAGUGAAGAUGCAACAGCAGGAAUUAUGCAAUUUAUGCUGUCCACUGUUACAAAAGAUGAACAACCACCGUUCGAUUUCGAAUCCGUAUUUUCUCGGCUUGUGAUAGAAAAUAAAAUAUCAGAGGAAAUCAUUCAACAAAUUUCAGACAUUGUGGAUGUUGACGUUAACGAGGACGAGCAAGGCGACGAAGAUGAAGACUCAUCGGAUGACGAUGAUGAAGAAACAGAGGAGAAAAUGGACGUUUCCGAGGAUGACGAAAAAGACAAAGAAAGUGACAACGAUGAGGAGGAGGAAGAGAAACCUGCGAAAAUAAGUAAAUCUAAAGCGAAAAAUGCUCAGGAAAAUGAUGAGGAUGAGGAUGACGAUGGUUCGGACUCCGAGUCCUCGAUCGAUAUGGAUGAUGCUACUGAAGAGGACCUCGCGAAUAUGAAUAAAGCAUUGGCAAAAGUGUUUGCCACCAAAAAGAAAGUGAAGGAAGAAGAAACUUCAGAAAUUAGAAGUCUGAUGAGAACAUUUAGACUUUUGGAAGCUUUGUUCAGCAGAAACGCUAAAGUGUGUCCAAUCAGUAUCCCACUUAUGCUUCUCAUGCCCAUCAUCCACGCCUUGCAACAUGCCAGCCGUGGAAAGAAGUCCAACAAAAGCUUAUCAACUCGGAUCGUAUCCGUUCUCAACAAACUUAACGCAAUCAAGAAAAUUGAGGGUGGAGAUAGCGUUGAAAAGGGAACUUUACUUACCAUGUCGAAAGACUUGGUGACUCUGAUCAAACAAGGAAAAAAUCGACUGAUUGGUGACUUAUUGGGCGAUUCGAUUGUAAUGCUGACCAAGUGUUAUCUGCAAGGAAAUAGACGCACCAAAGGAGAAGAUACGGGAUUCGUCGCUUUAUACACGGGACUCUUGGACUUGAAAGACGACACUCGAAACAAGAGCAUGGGAAUCUCUUCCAACCUGAUAUCCUCUGCACUGACAACUCUGCCAAACUGGGAUGACGGCAAGGAUGCCCUUGUGAAGAGAAUACUCUCCAUUAUAUUUAACCCUGCCGAAAUUCGCCACUUUAGAAGGAUGCAAUUCUUAAUCCUACUUCGUGCCGCAGUAUCCGACAACAGCAAUGCUCCAGAGUUAUCUAAAAAGUGGAAAAUUGACGCAGUUAAAGGUUUAACCCAACAUGCGGGCAAGUAUUUCCCCUCUACCACAUCACCAAACGGCCAGAAUCUUAUAAAAGAACUCUUACUAACGCUGACUGACCCAUCCACAACUUCUGAUCCUGAAAUUUCUGACGUCAUUGAAAAAUUCUUUAAAAAAUUGUACAAAGAUCAUAGCUCAAAAUCUUCAUCCGAAGGUAUGAAGGCUGCUUUCAAUUUAGCCCGACGUCAACCCCAAGUGAGAAAGUUCUUGGUUAAAAUUGGUUUAACUGAUGUCCUCGCUGCAGAAGAGGAGCCUCCAAAAAUAAGCCAAUCAAACGGCACUACCCCAAAAUCAACGACAAAAGUGAAAGCAGGAUCGAAACGAAAAUCAGAAGCCGUUCCAAUCAAUAGUAGUCCUCUAAAAAGUGCAUCCACUCCAUCAUCGACUACAACUCCAUCCAAAAAAAAAAAAUCAAAGCACUUGUAACGAUUUUAUUGUUUUUUAUUAUGUUGUUAUAUUUCAUCACGGGACUACAUAAAUCAUUUGUUAACUAUUGCAUUUACUCCUGGAUUUAAGUAAAUGUCAAUGUACCAAUCUGCAUUUCCUGCAUUUAUAUUAUCUUUAAAACCUAUAGUACAUAUUUAAUAUUUCUAUUGUAUAAUAUGACCAUGAUGUGUAAUUUUGUUUAGCAAUAAAUUAUAAACAAAAGCGAAAAGUA